UUCAUUUCGAUUGUUUACGUAAAAUCGGAUUCCUGCGGAGUUCUAAUAAUUUUUUGCUGAUUUUCAAGGGCUCGCGGCUCGUCACGAUGUCCUUUACAUUGAAUUCAAUCUCGGGCAACGCAAUCGCCACUAUGCACCCCAUAAUGGGAAGCAUUUCUAACGGGAGUGGAUACAUUGCACAACCAAUCAGUGCCGCUUCCACUAGUACCGCAUCGUUGUUGAACAAUAGUCAAAUGGAAUAUGCCCGCAAACAAAAUCAUACCCAAUGCGGUGCCGCUCCGAUGGACUUGGAGUCCGCCUCGGAACGAGAUUCGAUCAAAGAAGGAAGCUCUAGUGAAAAAAAGGAGAGUAUGCUUCAAAAAAGUGGUCAGCUGGGAGUGGAAAGUAGUGGACAGAUUUUAUUCAAUGGUUUGAUUCCGCAGCCACAAGGAUUUAUGAUGAUGGCACCGGGAAUGAUGAAUAUGAUGGACGGCUCAUCAUUAAUAGGAAUGCAGACAUUUCCCGUCAUGACUGCACAACAGAUAAAUACUGGUGUCGAUCUAGCUCAACAGACAUUGAACAUGGUGAGGUCGGAAGAUGGCAGUAAAGAGAUUAUUUAUUGCAAAUCGUGUACUUUGUAUCCGCCGAAUCCAAAUGUUCCGGUACCCAAAACGAUCGAUCGUCCGCCAGGCUGUAGAACAGUGUUUGUUGGUGGUCUUCCAAAUUCUAUCACCGAAGAAAUAAUUCGAGAAAUCUUUGAGCGUUGCGGUGAAAUUACCACACUACGAUUUUCAAAGAAGAACUUUUGUCACAUUCGCUUCGUGUAUGAAGCAUCAGUUGACUCAGCGAUCUAUUUGUCCGGCUACCGCGUAAAACUAAAUACGGGAGGAUUCAACUUCAGUUCCCCUGAACCGAAAGAUCCUGCCACCUUCGGACAGCUGCAUGUUGAUUUUGCACAUGCUCGAGAUGAUCAGUAUGAUUAUGAAUGUCGUCAACGAAAGCUGCAACGUGAAAGGCGUCACCGGGAACGAGUCGAAGACGACCGCCUCAGACCAUUGUCUCCUCAGCCGAUAAUCCAUUAUACUGAUCAUGAGGCAACUGCGGUUGCUGAAAAGUUGAAAACUGACGAAACCUUCGCCAAAGCCGUACAAACGCUGAUCACUUGGCUAGAGCGAGGCGAUUGCAAUAAAAAAAAUGCAAACAAUUUUUACACGAUGAUUCAGAGCACAAAUUCGCACGUACGCCGGUUGCUUAACGAAAAAGGAAUCACCGAUGAAGAAUUGUGCCGGGCAAGGGAGCAUUACCGGAAACAGAUGCAGAGUAUGCUGACUCAAUUCAAUCAGAUUGAAAAAGUGUUCAAUGCGGCCAGUCACAAGAAGGUUUGGGAUCAUUUUUCUAAAGCCCAAAGAAAGAACAUCGAUGCCUGGAAGAAGCAAUCGCUGGAAAUCAAGAGCGUUCAGUUGGACGAUAUCGGUGAUGAUGAGAUGGACCUAUCUGAAGACGAUGGGACCGUACCGAAGAAAUCUCGUUGGGAUGUCCGAAAGGAACGACGGGACAGUUCAUCAGACGCGGAAUUUCAGUCGGUGCGGUCUGAACUUGAAAUGAAAACGAUGCAAAUUCAAGUCCUGCAAGAGACAAUCCGAAAUCUUCAAACUCAACUAAUGGAAAACAAGUCCAAAGAGACGGAACGUCAGAACAAAGUUCAAGAGCUGGAAGACAAACUGAAGGAAGCAAACGUUAAACAGCUUCUUUUAAAAACCAAAAUCGCUACCACACAAUCAAAAUUGUCUCUCUGUGCAACGAAUACUUCUACUUCUUCCAAGGGUGGUUCUGAGCUAGACGAAAGCGAACUAUCCGAAUCAGAACACAAACCCGCAGCGGCUACUCCGACGCCCAUUGUCAUCACGACACCUGCGCCGGAACCGCCAAAAACACCUCCACCCGCAGUGAUAGAUCCACAGGAGGCCAAAGUCAUCACUCUGGUGUCGGCUUUCCUGGUGGUGCAUCCUCAUGGAGCCAGCAUCGACUAUAUUUGGUCCUACGUUAGUCGGUACGUGCCGGAACUAAAGUCAAAGCAAGUGGAAGAAGUGCUACAACGGUAUGCAGAUCUCUUCCGAGAGGAGAUGAGUGGUGUUGGUGCUAAAAUCGUAAGAAAUUGGAAGUUCUGUGGAUUCCAGUGCAAAGAUGAAGAAGACGUAGAAAAACCCUAGAUGUAAUCAAAAUAUGUAUAUCACAACUUUACUAGUAUUUAUUGAUCUUUCAUAAUUAACUUAA